UCUGCAUCUUGCAGCACAGAGGAUCCGCGCCAGAAAGCUGGUACCCAGAGAAGAAACCCUAAACCUGCCUCCUUAAAAACCUUUUAUAUUAAUACAUGUCAGCUCAAGGGAUGGACUGAUAUGGGGGGACCAGAGGAUGCAGAGCCACAGACCCCUGGAAAUGCCAUAACCAAUGGAGAGGAGACCACUGAUGCCAUGUCUGGCAGCAAUAGGACUGACAAAGAAUCUGAGCCUUGCUGUCUCCGUGUGGGCUUUGUGCGCCUCUUUCUGAAGAGGACAAGAAAGAGGAACAACUUUACAGAGGAAGGUCCACCAUGUGCUGCCAAGAGCCUCCAAAAUCCAAGGCAAGCUAAGGGUGAAGAAGAGAGAGAAGGGGUAAUAAAGAGCAAGGACUGGGGAGGGGGCUUCUUACAGCUGCACUGUCUCAGAACCUCAGAUGACAGAGAGGAAGAUAACAGGGAUGAGGAUGAAAGGAGAGCUUGUCUAAAGGAGAAUAUAGGAGCAAAGGAGGAGAGUGGUCACAGUCAGAGAGAGGUGGAGGAGGAGGCUAGGAGAUGUUCAAAGGUAUCCCUAGUGAGUAAGAUUAGGGGGUACAGACUGAGGGCAAAAGAGAAUGGAGGGAAACUAGAAAAUAACAAGCAGCAUGGUCAGGAAGAUAUCAGAACGGCUGAAAAGGAUGACCACAAACAAGAGACAGUAGAUAAGAGAGACAGAGAAGAACAAGACACAAAAAAUGAGAGCGACAGCAAAGAACUAGAGGUUCAAAAUAAGAGGGACAGACAGAAACAAGAGACAAAGGAUGCAAGAGACAUCCAAGAUCAAAAGGUAAUAGACAAGAGAGACAGCCAAGAGCAAAAGAUACUAGAUAUGAGAUACAAACAAGAUAAAGUGGUCCUAGCUAAGACAGACACUCAAAAUCAAGAGGUGCUAGAUAAGAAAGACAAUGAAGAGCGAGAAGAACUAGAUAAAAGAGACAGCCAAGAGCAAGAGGUGCAAGAUAAGAGAGAGAGACAAAAACAAAAGGUACUAGAUAAGACAGACAGCCAAAAGCAAGAGGUACUAGAUACAAGAGACAGACAAGAGCAUGAGCAACUAGAUACAAGAGACAGACAAGAGCAUGAGGUACUAGAUACGAGAGACAGACAAGAGCAUGAGGUACUAGAUACAAGAGACAGCAAAGAGGAAGCGGUGCUAGAUAAGAAAGACAAUCAAGAGGAACUAGGUAAGAAAGACAGCCAAAAGCAAGAUGUGCUAGAUAAGCGAGACAGCCAAGAGCAAGGGGUAUCAGAUAAGAAAGACAACCAAGAGCGAGAGGAACUAGGUAAGAUGGACAGCCAUGAGCAAGAGGUGCUAGAUAAACGAGACAGCCAAGAGCAAAAGGUGCUAGAUAAGAGAGACAGCCAAGAGCAAGGGGUAUUAGAUAAGAAAGACAACCAAGAGCUAGGUAAGAAGGACAGACAAGAGCAAGAGGUGCUAGAUAAGCGAGAUAGCCAAGAGCAAAAGGUGCUAGAUAAGAGAGACAGCCAAGAGCAAGGGGUAUCAGAUAAGAAAGACAACCAAGAGCAAGGGGUAUCAGAUAAGAAAGACAGCCAAGAGCUAGGUAAGAAGGACAGACAAGAGCAAGAGGUGCUAGAUAUGCGAGACAGCCAAGAGCAAGAGGUACAAAACAAGAAAGACAGACAAGAAAUAGAGACAAAAAAUGAGAGGGACUGCCAGGAACUAGAUGUACUAGAUGAGAGAUACAGUCAGGAACAACAAGCUAAGGAUGUGAGUGAAUGCCAGGAAUUAGAAUUAUCAGAUAGGAGAGAGAGACAGGAAUCAGAGACAACAAAGUUGUGGAACAGCCAGGGACUAAUGGUAAUAGAUAAGAGAGACCAGGAACCGGAAAUAAAGAAGACAGACAGCCUGAAAUUACAGGUACUAAAUAAGAGAGACAGCCAGGAACCAAAAGAGCAAAAUAAAAGAGACAAUAUGAAUAGAGAGUCACAGCAUGUAGAAAAUGGCCAGGAACUAGAGACUCGUGAGACUAGAGAGAUGUUGACAGACAGCUAUACACAAAAAUUAGCCUGCUUAAAAAAUAAUGUGGGGAAGAGACAGCAGGAUAACAGAGACAGUCUAGUUCAAGAAAGGACACAUGAGGGAGGCUAUGAUGAAAAGAAUUGGAAAGACAGGAAGGUACAAGAAACAUUGGACAAAAGAUACUGUAAGGGAGAGAUGGUAAGAGACUGUCCAUUGGUUGCAUGUGUUGAAAGAAUCCAGAAAACACAUAAAGAUGGAUCAUCUGAGAAUAAGAAUUUUGUAAAUGCCACACGAGAGAAACAAGAUCCAUUUGAAGAGGGAUACACUGUGAAAGGGAGAAAUCAAGAAGAUGACAAAGUGACAUUAAUAGGUAACUGUGUACUAGGGGACAAACACAAGUCAAAUGAGACAAAAGAGGCUACGGAAAAGGAACAAGAGUCUGUGGAAAAUUUGGAUAGUCUAAAAGUCAUUGGAAGUGAUGGGCUUUUUAAUGGAGAGAUGAUGGAGAAUGCAGAUGAGAAAGACAGCCUGAGGGACAAUCUAGAAGAAAGGACCUGUUUAACAGAGAGAGAGUUUAAGGAUCUACAGAUAUUCAACAUUAAAUAUGAUGGACACCAUACAAGCUUAUACAAAGCUCAGGAAACAGUGAUGGACAAAGAAAGCAAAUCAGAGGCAAAUAGAGAGGGACACCAGUUUAGAGAUGAUAACACCAUUGCAGAUAACUAUAUGGAGCAAGUAAUGUCCACAGGAAUUUGGAAUGAGCUGGACACAGGUAUUCUGGUUCAAAUAUCAAGAGAGAAUGAGGAGGAGCAGGUAUUGCUUGGCAAAAAGAGAGCUGAUGAUUCCUCAGUCGCUGGCCUCCUCGGGAUGUUUGAUAACUCCCAGGAUGAAGGGCAAAAGGAAGAUAAGAGGUAUGAUGAUGGCAAUUUGAUCCCCAGCAUGGGUACAGAUGAGGACAGCUGCCCUGAUUUUCACCAAUGGACUGAUAUGGAGGAGGUUGUAUGGGAACAUAAGACUCCAGGGUGGGUGCCAUUUAAGGUGGAAGUAGAGGGCAUGGUGCAAUGGCUGGUACAGGAGGCAACUGACAGACUCGGUGAUUAUGUGACGGAUAAUUGUAGUCCCAUUGAUUAACUUAAUUGUAAUCCCCACUUUCUCAUGUCUAUUUUGUAAAAAAUAAAUAAAAAUGACACACUUGUAUAACACAAAUAAAACCAAAUUAUAAUUAACCACA